CAAAUGGCGAGCCGCGAGAAGGAUCUUGAAGAAGAAAUUUACGACAAGGUCGUAGAUCUGACAGAGUAUGCCAAGCGUCAACGAUGGUGGAACCGUGUGUUCGGAAAAAAACAGCGGCCCUAUCGCGCCGCGAAAUAUUCAGUUGCCACUCAGAUUGCCUUAGGUGGAGCUAGUGGAUGGUGUGCAGGAUAUCUCUGUCAGAAGGUUGGAAAGGUUGCUGCUACGGCCGUAGGAGGAGGUCUUCUUUUGUUGCAGAUUGCCAAUAAUACAGGAUACAUUCAAGUAGACUGGAAGCGAGUAGAGAAGGAUGUCGACAAAGCCAAAAGACAGUUAAAGAAGAAUACAGACAAAGCUGUGCCAGAACUUAACACAUUUAUGGAGAAGUCCACAGAUUUUGUGAAGAAAAACAUUGUUGUCACCAGCGGUUUCGUCGGUGGAUUCCUGCUGGGCCUAGCGUCCUAAAAGCUGUCUAUCUACCUUUGUGCCCAAGAAAUGCAUACGGCCGUUCCAUGGUCU